AUGCAGCUGCCAGAAGCAAGGUCAGCUGGUGCUCUGUGCGUGGGGUGGAGGGUGUGGGGUGGCCGGAGGGGGACCCGGACCGAGAGGCCUUCCUGUCCCCUUCCACGACCGCCAGCCUGGCAAUGUUUGUGUCCACAGAAUUACUACCCCAUGGCUCAGUCCGCCUUCAUUGAGGACGGCAGAAGCAGGCUGGUGCUGCUGUCCAAGCAGGCACACGGCGUGUCCAGCCAAGAGAACGGGCAGGUAGAGGUCAUGCUCCAUCGCCGGCUUUGGAACAAUUUUGAUUGGGCUCUGGAUUAUGAUCUCACCCUGAAUGACACCUCCACUGUCUACCCUGUGCUCUGGCUCCUGCUGGGACCCCAGUCUCUCACCACCCGCCUGCGUCAGAGGUGUGGGCUAGCGCUGCAGCACGCACCUGUAGUGCUAUUAAGAGAGCUGAAUGAGUCUGCCCAGAUUUUUCCAGGCCCCCAGCAGCAGCAAGAAGCCGUGACCCUGCCCCCAAGUCUUCACCUGUAGAUCCUGAGCAUCCCGGGCUGGAACUACAGCUCCAACCACACGGAGCACCUGCAGGAUCUCCAGAAACGCCAUCGAGGGAAGGCCAAGGCUGACUGCCAUGUCCUGCUGCGGCUCCACCACCUGUAUGAGGAAGGCAAGGACCCGGUCCUGUCUCAGCCAGUGAAGGUCAAUCUGCAGGCUUUGCUGCAGGGGCUGGGGUCCGUGGGGGCGGUGGAGGAUCGCUCACUGACAGGGACCUGGGAUGGGAACACACUACACCGCUGGAGCUGGAGGACACAGGAGCCUCCCCACCACAGAGGCAGCUCCAGAUCUCACUCAACACCCCUGCAAGGCACCAAGGUCACCAUGUACCUGAAGAAAAUCCGGACAUCAUUCAUCCACUUUCAUAGCAGUAAGCCCAGGGCAGACUCUGAGGCCCCAGGGACCCCAAGAAAAAGAAAACGACCUAAGACAUGAAAAAAGCAUGCAUGGAGGGAUGGGGGAUGAACAGCUGUCCACCUGAUAGGCUAACGUAGAAAAUGGUCAUAUUAGGGGCUCAUUGUGCUUUAAGUAAAAAUUGUUUUAUAGGAAUGCCUAGGUGGCUCAGUGGUUGAGUGUCUGUCUUUGGCUUAUGGUGUGAUCCCUGGUCCAGGGAUUGAGUCCUCCGUCAGGCUCCCCGGGGGGAGCCUGCUUCUCUUUCUGUCUACAUCUUUGCCUCUCACUAUGUGUCCAUCAUGAAUAAAUAAAUAAAUCUUUAAAUAAAAAUUGCAUUAUACAGAC